AUGGCCCGAGCCCUCGUCUUCGCUGCGGCGCUCGGCAGCGCGGCGUCGCUCGACUGCCUCGAGGCCGGCUUCACGGCGUCGCUGCGCUGCUCGUCCUGCGCGAAGCUCGAGAGCCUCGUCCCGGAUCCCGAGCUCGCCGCCGACUGCGGCGCCUGCUGCAGCGAGGACCUGAGCGCCUCGGCGAGCUACGCGUCGGCGAUUCUCGAGGUCUGCGAGUGAAAGCUGGGCCACUACCCGGCCAUCGGCGACUUCAUCGAGCGGCGGAGCGAUACCUACGGGUCCCUCGACGUGCGCUACAAGCAGGGCCAGAAGCCGCGGCUGCUGAUGGUCGACGACGACGGCGAGGUCGCGGAGACGGUGCCCAUCGGCGGCUGGAACGAGGACACCGUCGCCGAGUACCUCGACGACAACCUCCGCGGCGCCGUAGCGGAGGCC